AUGCCACGCAAAAACCGAGCCGUUAAAGCCAAGUCUGAACACCAAUCAAUUUCGCCAACUGAGCCAGAACCCGAGGCGCAACUCCGUGAAAGUCAAAUGAGCACGCAAUCACAAUCUUGUUUCAAUGAGGAAGACUUGGGACCCGAAGUUCAGCUCCGAGAAAGCCAAAUGAGCACACGGUCGUGUUCUGAUACCGAUGCAGCGGGACCAGAAUCUGAAAUAGGAUCCCUAGCCGCUUUAAUCAAAGAGUCCCAUGAUUACUUUAAGAAUCAAGAAGAAACGUUGUCUACUUGUGUUUCUACCCAAGAGGCGAAAUCUCCAACCAAGGACGACGAUGUAGAAGCUGAAGCAGAAAGUGCCCGCGCCUCGAGCGAUGAAGAUACUCAGAAUCAUGGACGGAGACAAGAAGAGCCGCUGGCUACGGGAAUCCAAACAUCUAGAACCGGCGCCCAAAUGGAAUUGAACGUCGAAGAUGAUCCGCUACAUAUGUCAAGCGAUGAGGUGUCUCGAAACCCCUUUCAGGAUCCCCCCAUGCAUCUAUCCCAGAACCAACAUAUUCAAAGCGGGGAGUCGGAUCCUGAUGAUCUCGACAAAGGAGGAAAGCCUGCAUGGUUUGCAGAAAACAAAUUAUAUUGGAAGACAGUUCACGAAUCUACUCAUCUCGUGGCUGAUCCAACUAUGAGCCCCCCUGACAAAUCCGACCCCGAACCUGCGUUGCCAAACCUUCACUCCAACACAGAGAAGCGACCCGAAAGCACAAAAUCUGCAUCCUCUUCUCCAGCACCACAAUACCAAAAGGUCCACACUACCGAGAUGGUUCGCUCAGAAACCACGAGAAUUAUACGAAGCUUCCAGCAAGAAAAGAUACGCAUCGAGACGGCAUUGAAGAGCGAUUCUGACUUAUCAACUUUGCGCGAAAGGGAAGAAAAGUUAGAGGAUCAUGAGACGAUACUGAGUAAUCUUAUUGAUGAAUUGAUGAUUGAGUUGAAGAAGACAAGGGGUGAGUUAAAGAGGAUUAGUAGGAGGUAUGGAAAAGCCUUGGCAGAUUUUGAAAAGGCGUCGGACUGA